AUGGCGGGGUGUCUCCGCUGGGGCUUUUCAUCUGCCACCGAACCCCGGCUCUGGGGAUGCUGCUGGAGCUGUGGGACCACCAGACCCAGCGUGAGCAGGCACCAAACAUCGGGUCUCGGGGUGCUGCUGGAGGUGUGGGACCACCAGACACACUGUGACCAGGUUUUCCUUUGCUUUCCAGAGCAAACAGACGUCUGGAAUGCGGUGGCCAACUACGUGCUGCAGCAGCUCCUGCAAUACAAGGGUGUCCGAAUCCCCACUCUGGGCUCCUUCGAUAUAAUCCAGAAACGGAUCCAAGCUGGGGACAAGGCGAUGAUUUUCCAGUGGCCGGUGUUUCACCUGGCCACGAACCUCAUAAACACACACCACCUUGAGGACAGCAACGGCAGCCUGCCAGCCCACAAGAAGCUGGAGCCCCUGAGACGUGCCGAGGUGGCGGCGGACGCCUGCGUGUCCUGGCAGAAAGCUGAGAGCUGCAUCCGAGGCACCAUGGCCCUCAUCUCCCAGUGCCUGCGGGAGGGGGAGAACGUCGCCCUCGUCCUGAGGGACCUGGGCGUGCUCCUCAUAGAAGGCACCAGGGUGGAGAUGAAAUUCUACUACGACGUCCUGGAGAUGCUGUGUGGCAAGGAGGACCUUCAGAAUGCCGUUUUGAAGGUCCCGCAGCUGAUGGACACCGUGGUGUCCCGGCUGGCAGUCAUAGCCUCCCUGACAUCCUCUGGCCGUGUCGUCAUCUUCCCCGAGUUUGCAGUGGAGUUGGUGCCCAAAUCGUCAUACAGGAAAUCAUCCAAGGCCCCAGAGAAACUCCCUGGGAAGGAGAAAAAGAAGAAGGACGGGGUCUUGCCACCUCUCAGCCAGGGCAAGAAAGCCUCAGGGGGAUUGCUCGACAUGCCUUUCACCGUGCGCGCGAGUAUCCCGAAACACGAGCUCCAAAGGCUGAAGGAAACAGCACAGGAGGACAAGAAGGAAUCUGGGAUCAGGUGA